CCCUUGCCGCAGAGAGGCCACAAACGCCAGCAGUCGCAGGCAAACCAUCAUCAGGAAGAGUGGAUUCAUCGCAGCAGCUCCGAAGAACAAGUCAGAUCAGUCGUUCUACUUCGUCUUCUUCUUCCCUCUAACAAUGAAGACUUGGGGCGUUUUUCUGGUCAUAGCAUCCCUGCUAGUUUCCGGCUGCGUCUGUGUGAGCACAAGUAAGUAAAUUCCGUGUCUAAUGGAGGACAUCACUACAACUCGAAGAAGACAAAAGUCUUGCACUGACUUGGGCUGUGCAGCUAAGGGAUUCCCUUGUGUUGAUACGGAAACUGCCAGCGGGUGCGAUGCUACAGACGACACCUUGUGUGGAACAAGCUGCACAUGCUGCAUAAUGUGCAACCAAACUACCGAAUGCAAAGGAUAUGGUGGCAGUUGCAGUAAGAUCUCAGCUGGAUGUUCAGGCACUUCCUAUGACGCAGGAUGCGCAGCUUCAACUUGCACUUGCUGCAUUGCUGAUAAUUCUACUUGUGUCACACUACCUGCCUGCAGAGAUGCUGGAGGGUUGUGCAUUGCUCCCUCUCAAUCAGGCAACUGCACAGGUGUUCUCGACCCCAAUGGCUGCCUUGGAGACAGCUGCUCCUGUUGCAAGGGAGGUUGCGACAAGACAAACAAGUGCACAGCUGUUGGAGGCUACUGCUUCCGAAAAGAUGGUCCCCACGUGUGUCACGGGAAGGUCUUCAAAUUUUGUGGUCUUGGGAACUGUCGCUGUUGCGUGGAUCCUCACUGGCACGGGCAUGGGCUAGGUUAUGUGAACGGUAUUUGGAACAGUAUUUGGAACGGUAUUUGGAACAGGAUUGGGAAUGGUCGUAAUGGAGAGGAUUCAAACGAAAGUGGCUAACCCUUGCAACCAGAGGAGUGAGAACUGGCGUUGUCCGCUGCUAGACUGAGAGCCAUUAAUUAAGAUUCCUAAUUUGAUUGACAACAUUCUUUUCAUCCUAAUUAUGAAUUGAAAAUCAUAAAUUGGAGACUUUUGUUAUUUCUGAAAUAUGUUUUAUGAUUAUUCUGCAAAUAAAUUUAGCAUGCAAAA